AAACAACUAAUUGCUACAUGCCAUAACCUGUUACGAGCAAAACAAAAUACUUGACUUCGCUAAAACUAUGCUGAAUUCGUCGUAUAGUUAAUGUGAUAAAGAAAACAUAAUUGAUGAAACGGUCUUUACUUGAUUGUGUCUUUCCUAUCCGAGAUCGCCAAGCCCCGGCUUUAACAUACUAUAAUGGAGAGUCUUGCACCACAUUAUUGUAUGGGGAUUUAUCGGACACACUCCUACAGGUUUCUCGAGUGCUUGAUCCUAUUUGCGGUGAAAAUUGUGUUGUUGCCUUUGCCAUUAGAAAACUUCACCACUUAGUUGCUCCUUUAAUAUUAGGGGCUUUAAAAACAAAAUCCUCUUUUUUGUAUCUGGAUCCUGAUUUUCCAGCCAUACGACAAAAUGAAAUAAUAAAAAGAAGCAAUGCUUCAGUAAUUAUUACAGAUUACAAAAAUGAUAUGUCAGGAUGGCAGUUUUCUAGGAAAAUAAUGUUGAUUGGUUUGCAUGAGCUACAAAUUUUCCAAAAAUGCCCCUCUGUUAAAGGAGUUGAUUUUCCUUUACCUGAUGAGUGGAAUAUUGCUUAUGUGAUCCAUACAUCAGGCAGUACAGGUGCACCAAAAACAGUACGUGUACCACACUCCUGCAUACUCCCAAAUAUCCUUGAUCUUAGGGAAAAUUUUAAUAUCCAACAGAACGAUGUUAUAUUUAUGGCUUCGCCGUUUACAUUUGACCCAAGCAUCGUUGACCUGUUUCUAGCCCUUUCCACUGGAGCUAAACUCAUACAAGUGGAACCAUCCAUUAAAGCGAUGCCAUUAAAGCUUGCCGAAAUAAUCCGCGAUGAAGGCGUAACUUUCAUCCAAGCUACUCCAUCCUUUUUCCAGCAGUUUGGACACCUAUCCAAAACACAUUUGCUUUAUCCGUCCACUCCUUUGCGAACCGUCGUACUGGGUGGAGAACCAUUUCCCACACCCAUGGCACUGGAAAAAUUUCGUGCAUCUGGCAAUUGUACAGCCUUCUAUAACAUAUAUGGCAUAACGGAAGCGUCUUGUUGGGCUACGUUAUCCAAGAUUGAGCCAAAUGACCUCCCAGCUGACUUGGGCCAUCCUCUUAGUGAAACUGAUCUGCGUAUCAUAAAUGAAAAUGAAGAAGAGAUAACAGCAGAAAAUGGAGGUGAAGGAUUCUUGAUGCUGGGAGGCCGUAGAGUUUGCCUUAUAGACGAAGAGACUCCCCAUUCUAUUAUGAAGCCCAUGUUUAGGGCAACAGGUGACCGUGUCGAAUUUCUUAACGGAAAAUUGUACUAUAGAGGCCGGACGGAUGAAACGGUCAAACGGAUGGGGAAGCGGUUAAACCUUCAUUCUGUCGAACUAUUAGCUUUAGCGUCCGGUUUCGUACAGCAAUGCUGCGCUUUCCUUGACUCCAACCAACUGCUUAUUCUAGUUUGUACUGGAAUUUUUGCUGUUGACCAUCUAUCACAUUACUUUCAAGAAAACGCACUGGCCAUAGAGCAGCCAGAUGAAAUCCGCAUUUUAGAUACUUUCCCAGUAUCGAAGCAUGGAAAAAUUGACCGCAAGAAGCUUCUUCAACUUGUUCAAAAUCUACUUGUUCCAGAAAAAACUCUAGACUGGGAAACCUGUCUUGCAAAGGAAUGGAUGUUUGUGACAGGAAAAACUGCAAUCGAUGAAUCUAAUUUCAUCUUGAGUGGAGGAAAUUCAUUGUCUGCUAUCAGACUGUCCAAUAAAGUUCAAGAACAUGUGGCGCGACCACUUCCGUUACUCAUCGAUAUUUUACUGAAUAAAAGUUGGAAACACGUAGUUGCUCAUAUACGGGAAGAGAUACGUAGAAACACAGACGUGGAAUCACUGCCUGAUCGACCUAUCAUCAGAAUUUUUCAUCGAGGUAAACAAGCGGCCCAAUUUCCUAACCACAUAGACCACACGUCGGAAAAAGCCUCGUUCGAGCUCAAACAGAUUUGGAAAUUUAGCUUAAAGAAAUGUAUUGAUGCAUCCCCGCUUGUUGUUCAAAGGAAAGAGAUAGAUGCUGUAUUUGUUGGGUCGCAUUCGCACCGUUUCUCUGCUGUAAGACUGGAUGAUGGACAGGAGAUUUGGACAACAACGUUACCUGAGCGGAUCGAAUCUUCAGCAACCUGCGAUAUGGAUGGGUCGAACAUAUUUGUAGGUUGCUACGACGGCCACCUUUACUGUCUCGACUCCCAAACUGGGCGUGUUUCUUGGCGUUUUAAGACAGGAGAUGCGAUCAAGUCUAGUCCAGUUUGCACCGGUUUCAGCGUAAUCUUUGGUUCACAUGACCGAAUACUUUAUUGUCUUUCUGUUGCUCAGGGAGAAUUAAUUUGGAAGAAAACUAUCUCCUCGGGUAGUCUUUUUGCCUCUCCGGCUUGGGACGGAAAUAAUCGCAUUCUCGCUGCUUCAUUGGAUGGCACCUGUUCCGUCCUUAGCGUCGCUACCGGUCAGCUGUUGUGGUCGAUAAAGCUAGCUACACCCGUCUUUUCAACUCCUGCCUGGUGCUUUAAGCAAGAGCGCUGCCUGUUCGCUAGUGUUGAUGGAUAUAUGAAUUGCUGUACAGCAGAUACAGGCGAAAUAGUAUGGCGUUUCCAAGCGGCUGGGCCCAUCUUUUCGACUCCGACCAUCACGGAGCAGCGAAUCAUUUUCGGUUCACAUGAUAGUUUUCUUUAUUGUCUACAUGAAGAAAGUGGAUUACAACUCUGGCGCGUUGGAUUCACCAGUUCUAUCUACUCUUCGCCUUUUGCAGCAUCUGUAAUUAUCUGCAGUGAUACGAAUGGCUACCUUAAGGUCCUGGAGUUUUCUACUGGUUGUCUGCUUGCUCAAUCUCGGUUGGACGGUCAAGUGUUUUCUUCCCCAAUUAUGGUUGACCAGUUGGUGAUAGUAGGUUGCCGAGACGACAAUCUUUAUUGUUUUAAAUUAGGUAAUAAUCUUUUGUAAAUUUACUCACCUCUUAAGCCCCAAGAUUUAUUCAAUAAUGCAAAAGUUAAACGCUCACACAA